UAGUACUCCGCGCAGUAACACCGUACCUCACGAAAUGAGCCCCCUUACGUUCGCUGAUCACUCAAGUUCAAUGCACAACAGAAACCACCGCGCCAGAGAAACAAAUGAUCAUACACACAGAGAUGAAUCGCUUACCGCCACCAGUUCAUGAAAGAUUCAGUGGACUCGUAGGUUGCUCAACCUAUGCAACCAGGUGACUAUGCAUUCAAGGUGUGCGCUGGCCGAUGCAUAUAUAACACUCAGGAUGAGGUGGAUUUGCGGCUGAGUACAGCGCGACCGUGCCGUUGGGUCCCACUCAGUGCAAAUUACUAAACUGUUCCACACUUCCAGCUCUAUUUUAAGCGCUGGGACCGACACCUUGUAUUAUUCAUUACAGCACUGAUGGUUGAGGCUUGCCAGCGGCCGGUUGCUCCUCAGCAGCGCACUGGUAAACGCCGUCUAUGCUACCGGUGGCCUGCUAGUGCGAGGAACGGUACAAAUUGGGUGACCUCAGAUGAAUGGAUUUGUGUCGUCAGCAGCAACAAACGAAUGUGGACGAUGAAGACAAGUACCGAGAUGCAGGAGAAACGGCGAGAGACAGACAUCGCCCCCUUGAAUGACAAGAAGACGCAAGUGAGGGACUGCAGCAUGAGUUUGCGAAGGUCGUCCUCGGAGCGGGCUGAGGCCAAAGUCAACCUCACUGACCAGGACUGGAAUGUGCGGAUCCGUGUAUUCAAGCUACAACAGUUGAACGUCUUGUUUCGGCUGUCAGGAAUGAUGAUCAAUGGUGGUACCAAAGAUAAGUCUCAUCCAACGGCGAACCAUGUUCCGCUGGGUGAUGAAACAGCCUCCACCAGGCUCACGAACAUCAUAGCCCUCUUGGCCCUUGCCCAGGGACACACGCGAGCGAGCCAGACGACGAUGACGUUCCCAACGUUGUGCCUACUAAUAUUCGACUCAGGAGACUCUGGUGAAGACAACGGAGGACAUACGAGUUUGCUGAAAAAGUGUCCCAUUUGACUGCGCUCCUACAACCAGUGUAGAGGGAUUUGCGCAAAUGGGGGAUGGGUGACAGGGCUGACUUAGGGGUUUGACAACAAACACGUUCAUCACGCAUGUGCAAAAAAACCUGUUACAGGUGUACUGUACUUCGGCCAUCUCCUAUGGUAAGGUGCAAACAUCGAAAAGCGGAUCCGGAGUCACCUCACAAUGAGGGCAUCGGUAGAUGUAUGGGUGAGCCUCCGCAAGCCGCAAGCCCGAUUGACUGGCAGACCAGUUUGUUCAAAAUGUGGAAGGGGAAUCAAGUCGUCGUGUUUCAGGACAGUGGAGCAUCGCGCUCGUCACUCUAUAGCCGGGAAAGCUGCAUAUAGCGCUGCUCCUGAAGGCGAUGAUGAAUGUUGCUUGUUGCGUGAUAUGAAAGACUGUUCGGUAUAUUCGGCGGGUUAUGCAUUCGUCAAGCUCAUUGCUCCCAG